AUGAGGAACAUCUUGCUGCAGACGUGUGCUGCAGACGUGUUGGAGCCGCAAAGUGGUGAUGGUGAGAUUGACGCAGACAAGGAUGCCCAUGACAAGGAAGUUGUCUCAGCCGUUCAUCGGGAUGCUCUCAACACUGGCAAGGAAAUGGGACUGUUGAUAACUUCAGCCGAGCAACGUGAAGCACUCAGGCUAUUUCCAAAGGCGGGAAUACUUUUUUUCAUAAUAAAUUGUUCUAACCUUAUGCAACAGGUUGCGGGUCUUGCCAAAAGACUGCAUGACAGUGCCAAUCUUCAAGCUGCAUUCGAACGGAUCGUGACAAUCAAAGGUGGUGGUCCGUCCCAGAAAAAGACUUUGGAUCGACGAGUCCCAACACGUUGGAACUCGGAUUUCGCUUGCCUGAAGACUCAUAUGUCAUUUGAGAAGGAAAUCAAGCUAUUUACUAGCCAGGAAGCCAAUGGCUUGCAGAUAUAUGCUCUCACUGUGACGCAGUGGAAGCUUACAAAGCAGCUUAUUCCUGUGCUCGAGAUUUUUGAUGACUUGACCAAUCGUUUCUCGCAGGCUGAGGUGCCUCUUGUGCACGAGGUCAUUCCUAUGCUCGAACGUCUCGAACAUAUGAUGGUAAAAGUUUCACGUGAUACUGAACUAUCUGCUAUAGUUCGAGUCGCCGCACUUGCAGCACUGCAAGUCAUUGGGAAAUACUACACACUCACAGAUGACAACGAGGUCUAUCGCAUUGCAAUUAUAACGUGCCCUGAUAAAAAAAUGGAGUGGUUCACCAAGAACCGAGAUUGGCAUGAAGAAGAUAAAAUUGAAGCACGGCACAUCGCAACUCAACGCUGGUUGGAAACUUAUGCACCAACUGCUGCCGACCUUUUAUCAACUCAGUCAUCGAGUCGUCCACCAGCGGUAUGUACAGCAGCAGAGAAAAUUUUGCUUGCUCAUCGAUCUUACUAA